AUGUGGACUAUAACCGAAGAUGACCUCGUGGCCGCGGCGCCGCCCCCGCCGGGCGUGCAAUCCAACUUCGAGAACCCUACUGACUCCCUGGUCCCGCAGGUUCUAGCCGUUGCUAUCGUGCUGAACUUGCUCGCCAUCCUCUUCUGCGCCAUUCGGCUCUACACCGCAAAGGUCGUGAUCCUCCGCCACCAGCUCGAUGACAACCUGAUCUUCGUUGCCCUUGUCUUUGCGACUGCAUACUCGGCCAUCCAGAUCUACGAAACCCGCAAUGGCGAGGGACACCAUAUCUGGGAUGUCAGCAAGAAUGAGGCUAUUGCAUUCCACAAGCUGAGCAUGGCAGAUCUUGCUGCGUACAGCUUAUCCGUGUUUUUUACCAAAGUUUCGAUUCUGGUCUUCUACCUACGCUUUCCUUUGAAACGGACGAUCAAGAUCGCGGUAUAUGUGGUCAUGUUUGCAACUGUGGCGUACUCGAUGGCCGGCGCCCUCAGCUGGGCCUAUCUCUGCACGCCAAUGGAGAAGAUCUGGAACACGGACUUGCCGGGGACGUGUGUUGAUCGAGCCAUGUGGUGGUUGAUGCUGUCCGUCUCCGACGUCGCCACCGAUCUUGCUAUUCUAUUGCUUCCCAUCUGGAUCCUGUCGCCUUUGUCAAUGAGACUGGUCAAAAAAAUCGAAAUGACCAUCUUCCUCAUGGCGGGUGGAUUUGUCAUAGGACCAAGCGUCGUGCGCCUGGUCAUGAUUCCCCUCGGAUUCAACACUUCAGAUUUUACCUGGACCGCCUCCAUUAGCAUCAUCUGGUGCGUGGUAGAAGCCAACGUGGGCAUCAUCUGCACCUGCCUCCCUUUCCUUAAAGCCUUCAUCAAGCACGUGGCGCCCAACAUUGCCAAGCGUUUCUACAUGUCCAACGAGCCGCAGUCGCCCACAGUCUUCGACCGUGCUGCGGCGCUGCAAAGCCUACCGCAAAUGCCCAAGUCCGUCCGGCGCAAGAGCUUCGGGCGACAGGCCGCCAACGACGUGCCAGACGCCGAGAUGAAGUCGGUACACACGAAUUGGCCUUUGAAGAAUAACGAGCCCUUCGGUCACGUCGAAUAUCGCCAUGAUCAGGUGUCAGGCGACCAAAAGUCACCCCAUGCUGUGGCGGCUGUUGAUGUUGCAGAAAUGGUGUGA